UUCAUUAUUGUUUUCGUCAGCACAAAAUAAAAAUGUGCAGCAAUUUACUAAGGUUCGUCUUGUUUUGUCGCAUUAGCUACAUGAAGUAACAUUCCUGGCAAAAGCUGUUGUUUAGUGUUAAUUGUUGUGAUGUACCUAUUGGAGUCUAGUUAGCAUGUCUGCGCAAGCGUCGUGCGUGAAGCAGGAGCCAGCGGGUGACCAAGACCACGGCGGGGAGUGCGUGUGGGACUUGCCAGCAUCGCUGCUCGCUGACGAAGUUUACAUUAAAGAGGAGACAGAGCUCAAAAUCAAUGAGGCGGAGCACGUGAAUGAUGGGCUGUCGUGUGGAGAAAGUGAAAAAUCAAAAGGUGUGAGCGAGGCCGACAUGGUGUCAAACCUUUCCAUGGACCACAGCAUGCAGGACGAGUCUAUGCUGGAAUCAAAGCACAUGCAGGUGCAGGAUACAAAUAUCACACUUCAUGGGGCGGCCGUAAAGGAAGAACGGCGGGAACUGAAGAACUGCUUCGUAAGACUGGAGCGCAUUGAUAAACAACUUAUUCACAUGUGUCCCAAGACAAUGAACCAUAAGAUCAUGUCCUCAACAUGUGUUAACAAGGGAACUGACAUGAAAAUUGAAACACAGAAUAACAGUUCUGCUUCCAACCUCACUGCAGCGGCGAAGCAAGAACGCCUGCAGCUAAGAGACUGCAGCGUGAGGCUCGUACGUCUCCAACACCACGAGGCGCUGCUCAGAUGCAACAUAGGGCCCGCUGCGACCCAAUCACAAGCAAAUCAUGCCGUGUCUGUACCCUCUGAUACACGACAUGAAAUAAACAGGAAUAAAAAUAAUCCAGAGAUUAAUAAGUAUGUGUGUAACGAUUGUGGCAAAACGUUUCACCGAAAAUUUUACUUGAUACGCCAUAUUCAAAGUAACAUUUGUGAAAUAGAGAGGCCAUACGCUUGUCAUACGUGCGGGAAAAAGUUUAAACAUAAAAGAAACUUGGAAACGCAUACAUUUAUUCACACUGGCGAAAAGCCGUACGCAUGUGAAGUAUGUAAAAGACAGUUUUCGAAUAGUGGUACUUUAUUUGCUCAUAAACGAGAACAUACAGGGGAAAAGGCUUUUUCGUGCCAUGUUUGUAGUAAACCGUUUUCUAGCAGAACCGGUUUAAAAUUGCAUAUAAGGAUCCACACUGGCGAAAAGCCGUAUUCAUGCGAAAUUUGUAAAAAGCAGUUUGCGUAUUCUAACAGUCUAAAAUUACACAAACGUGUGCAUACAGGCGAAAGGCCAUAUUCGUGUGAGUUUUGUGAAAAACGCUUUAAGACUUCGGGUAAUUUAGGCGUACAUAUAAGAAUCCAUACUGGUGAACGCCCGUAUAAGUGCGAAAUAUGUUAUCGAGAGUUUUCAGAUUCUGGACACUUUAAGGAACAUAAACGGACCCAUACAGGCGAGAGGCCUCACUCGUGCAACGUAUGUGAAAAGAAGUUUUCGCGAUUAGAGCAUUUGCGUAUGCAUAAGCGAAUUCACACUGGCGAAAAACCUUACUUUUGCGAGAUUUGCGAUAAACGAUUUGCGUAUUCGCAAAGUUUGCAUACACAUAAACAAACUCACAAAGAAAAAUCAUACUUGUGCAAAAUAUGCAACGAAAAAUUUUCUCAAUCGAGAGACUUGAAAAAGCAUAAAAGAAUUCACAAGAAGCGUAAUUUUACAUGUGAAACAUGUAAGAAAUCGUUUACCCGUUUGGACUAUUUGGAGACGCAUAAACGUAUUCAUACUGGCGAGAAGCCUUAUUCAUGCAAAAUUUGUGACAAACAGUUCGCCCAAAAAGGUCACUUAAAUAUACACACACAAAUUCACAGUGACAAAAAGCCGUUUGCCUGUGGAAUAUGUAAUAAGUGGUUUAAAGAUUACAGUUACUUGGUAAGACACAAACGAAUCCACACUGGCAUAAAGCCCUAUUCUUGUGAAAUUUGUGGAAAAAAGUUUUUGCUGUCAAGUGGUUUGAUCAGUCAUAAAAGAGUACACAGUGGUGAAAAGCCGUAUACAUGCUACAUAUGCAAAAAAGCAUUUGCACAUGCACAUAGCUUAAAUACACACAUACGACUCCAUACCGGCGAAAUGCCUUUUACGUGCAAAGUUUGUAAAAAGCAGUUUACUUGUUCGUCUGGUUUGUCUUCUCAUGUACGGACUCACUCUGGUGAGAAGCUAUAUUCGUGCGAAGAUUGUGACCGACGUUUUGCGCAUUUAUCAGCGCUUACAAUACAUAGACGACGUCAUACUGGCGAAAGGCCUUAUUUUUGUGAAGAUUUGUGGAUGCAAGUACUUUGCGUAAACAUAGACGCGACUGUACGGGUGAAAAUAAUUAGUUACGAGAAAUUUUCAAAAAUAGCUUUGUAGUCGAUUUUUUUUUUUCGUUAACAAAACAGAUUUAUUUCAACGAAAUAAAGUAAACAAGGAAAUAUUGCUUUUGGUUGGGAAUGCUAUCUAAUACAUGUAUACUCAACUUGAAAAACAUAUAAAGAGCCAAAACUAAAAUUUUACUAAAUAACUUGAAAUCAUACUAAAUUACAUACACAUUAAUAAAACAAUUUCAGAAACUUACUUAAUUUACGGCAUAUUAUUGAUAUUAUAUGAUAUGAACUGUGAUUACAAAAUACCUAUAAAACUUAUCUCUUAAAGACUAUUCAAAUAUAAGUCAAUUCAGAAAGUGAAAAUUAGGUUGUGGAAUAAAAAAAUGUUAGUAGAUAUGUGGUAUAUCUGUAUUUAUUAUACACCAUCAGAGGAAGACUAGUCUAAAUGUAAACAGCCAUGUUUUUAAGAACCAUUUGCAUUUUUAAAUUUCUAAUUUAAUUAUUGCCAAAACAUGAUAGGCAUAGAAAUAUUGUAGCAAUAGGUAUAUCAAUAUAAACAUCAGAUUUCUAGGUUAAUUUAGUAAGGGAGUGAAUUUAUACGUGGUAACAUGAGCUAAAAUGACUGCCUUAUACAAUCAAUCAAUCAAUCAAAUAUUUAUUGAUAAAAUAUAAGUAUUUUACAUGUCAACACUUUACAGCUAAUGGGAUUACACAUAUUAUUAUUUAUCUAAUUAAAACAUUACUUAUCUAGGGUACAUCAUUAUUUUUAGUAGUUAGAAAUUAAGUAUUAUUCAUAUUGUUAUCUCAUAAGUCAUUGUACAAUUUUUGAAUUACAAUUUGUACUAUUAGUUAUAUAAAUAAAUAAAAGUAUGUUUUUUAUUUAUUUUAUUUUAUAAGACACACCAACAGUACAUAAACAAAGCUAGCAAAGUAACAAGUAUAGUGGCCACGUAGAUAUUAUUAUCUAUGCACCAAUAACAGGUGUGCACCAACACUCAAACAGUUCGAGGCUUUUUACACUACAUUAUUAACUACAACUAUAUGCACUCAGUUGGCAAUGACUGUGAUGAUACAUGUUGAAUGUUGAAACAUAUCAAAAAAAAUCGGACACUAAACGAAUAUAUGCAAAUAUUAAAAUAAAAAUAAGGCCUUAA